UGGCUCCGCCUCUGUCUAUCUUUGGGAAUUUAGUUCCCGGGCACCACUGGCCCGUACUCCACUGCCUGCCAGCAGCCAAAAGCUGUCCUGAUCACCCAGGGUUUUUCCUCCCAACCCAGACCCCACCAACUAACUAACCCCUGCCUCCUGGCCUCUGGCCCCAACUGCCCUGCUCUGUUCUUAGGGGGCUGAGAAGUCUCCAGUCACUCCACUGCUGAAGUUGUGGGUGCAGAUGCUGGCCUGCCUUGGACCACAGAGGCCUGUGGGGGCUCCUUUCUGAGUCCCUCCUGGCCCACCAUGGCACGGCGGCUGCAGGAUGAGCUGUCGGCCUUCUUCUUUGAGUAUGACACUCCCCGGAUGGUGCUGGUACGAAACAAGAAGGUGGGAGUCAUUUUCCGUCUGAUCCAGUUGGUGGUUCUGGUCUACGUCAUUGGGUGGGUGUUUGUCUACGAAAAGGGAUACCAGACUUCAAGUGGCCUCAUCAGCAGUGUGUCUGUGAAACUCAAGGGCCUGGCUGUGACCCAGCUCCAGGGCCUGGGGCCCCAGGUCUGGGAUGUGGCUGACUAUGUCUUCCCGGCACAGGGGGACAGCUCCUUUGUAGUUAUGACCAAUUUCAUCGUGACCCCUCAGCAGGCUCAAGGCUACUGUGCAGAGAACCCAGAAGGUGGCAUAUGUCAGGAUGAUAAUGGCUGCACUCCAGGAAAAGCAGAGAGGAAGGCCCAAGGUAUUCGCUCAGGCAAGUGUGUGCCCUUCAAUAGCUCAGUGAAGACCUGUGAGAUCUUUGGCUGGUGUCCCGUGGAGGUGGAUGACAAGAUCCCAAGCCCUGCUCUUCUCCACGAGGCUGAGAAUUUCACCCUCUUCAUCAAGAACAGCAUCAGCUUUCCACGCUUCAAGGUCAACAGGCGCAACCUGGUGGAGGAGGUGAAUGGCACCUACCUGAAGAAAUGCCUCUUCCACAAGACCCUGCACCCACUGUGCCCAGUCUUCAGCCUUGGCUAUGUGGUGCGAGAGUCAGGCCAGGACUUCCGCAGCCUGGCUGAGAAGGGUGGGGUGGUUGGCAUCACCAUCGACUGGGAGUGUGACCUGGAUUGGCAUGUAAGGCACUGCAAACCCAUCUACCAGUUCCAUGGACUAUAUGGGGAGAAAAAUCUGUCUCCAGGCUUCAACUUCAGGUUUGCCAGGCACUUUGUGCAGAACGGGACAAACCGUCGUCACCUCUUCAAGGUGUUUGGGAUUCGCUUUGACAUCCUUGUGGAUGGCAAGGCCGGGAAGUUUGACAUCAUCCCUACCAUGACUACCAUCGGCUCUGGAAUUGGCAUCUUUGGAGUGGCCACAGUUCUUUGUGAUCUCUUGUUGCUCCACAUCCUGCCCAAGAGGCAUUACUACAAGCAGAAGAAGUUCAAGUACGCGGAGGACAUGGGGCCUGGGGAGGGUGAACAUGACCCCGCGGCCACCAGCUCCACUCUGGGCCUGCAGGAGAACAUGAGGACCUCUUGACCUAAGCCUUGGGCUCUGGACUCGACUCAGUGUGCGGUUUCCGGCAAGGGCUGGUGGCUUCGAGCCAGGACAGAGGCCAUUCCCAGGGGCUUUCCUACCAGGCAGACACCAAGUUGCCCCUCUAGUUCAGAGUGGAGACAGGCGAGACACUGCAAUUCAGAGCUUUGGGUCCAGUUCCACACUUCCCCUCCUGAAGGAUGCCCCCUGCAGUUUCAGCCACUCUGGGUCCAUGUGGUUGGGCUCCUCACACACCUAGACCCUAGCUUUGUGUUUAUGGCUCCGGCUCUCACUGUCCAUCCCAGGGCCUCACCUUCCUAGAUUUGUGCUCUUCCAUAUGGAAGCCGCUAGCCAGAUGUGACAAUUUGAACUUAAAAUAUGAUAAAAAAAAAAUAUGCCUCCGUUGAACUAGCUAGGUGGACAUGUGUGGCCCAUGGCUACCACACUGGACAGCAUAGGAUGUUUUUCAGUGAGGGAAGUUCUGAAGGAAUUCAACGGUGCAGGUGCCUGGCACACAGCCCCCCUCCUAAACCAGAAACACAGGCCACUUUGUACCUGAGGCUUAAGAAUGGCUGGCCUGGAGCUUUUGGACUUGUAAGCUCCCAAUCAGCCUCAGGUCAGCCCCAGCUGGCAGCUGUAAGCACUGAGCAGGGGCUCAAACACCCAGCAAGUGUGUAGUGUGCCCGUGUGCCACACAGGCAUUCACAAACCCCCAUGUGCACACACCUCCUACACACACACACACACACACACACACACACACACACACACACAAUCCUCCACCCCCACUGUGGGUUGGAACAGCUUGGGUACUCCAAGUGCAGCCAUCUGAACACACCUACACCCCCAGGCAGGGACACAUGGUCUCCAUACAGUGUCCCCCCCAUGGGACGAUGCUCCUUCCUGAGGGAGGCAGGCCAGCCCAGCCCUUCUAGCCACAGAACCUUACUCAGCUACCUCAGAUGGAGGUAUAAGCUUGAUGAAUCCUGGCUCCUUGCCUGUGGCCCAGUCCCAGCUUCCGUGGCCUGUUCCGUGGCCAGCUUGGUUGGAACAUGAAGGCUGAGGAGGCAAAGGGUGGGGCACAAUAAAAAGAAAUGGGGACAAA